AGGAGCCGCAACCACCAACCAUUGCGGGGAUGGCACCACCGAAAACAGCUUCUCGGAAAGAGCCGGUCGCCGCUGCAGACGAGGGGCUUGCAGAAGGUUCAGGGUCGAACACGAGGGUGGCAUCACUGCAGCAAACAUCAAUCAAGAGAUGGGUGGAAAACGAUGCACAAAAGAAGUUGGAUAUUGCGUGGGCGGAGGCGAUGUUCCGUGCUGGCAUUGCGUUUAACUUCCUGAACUUCGACAUGACGCAGAAGCUCCACGAAGUUUACUUGGAAGUUGCGACUGCUCGACCGAAGGUCAAGCUGCCCUCGUACAAGCAUAUGAGGACGGUGAUGCUUGACUUCAUCUACUUGCGAAUUCAAAAGCAAGUGCAUCCUCUGACAGCCUGUUGGGAUGAAUCAGGCUGUACAUUCAUCACGGACGGCCUUUUGCUGCGAGACAUCAGCAAGCCAGACUGGGUGAACAACACUGUCAAGAGAGGCCACAUGAUUGUGAAGUUCAUCCGGAACCACCACUCCAUGAAUAGCCUGAUGAUGUCCAUGGACGAUUCCCUGACAUUGCUUCGUCCUACGAAAGUUCGGUUCGGGUCCGUGUACAUGAUGUUGGAGAGGCUUCUGAACAGGAAGGCAGUGUUGUCCGAUAGGGUGGAUCGAAAAAAUGCAACGCGGUGGACGGGGAUCCGUUGGUCCACUGCGAAGUUGAAGUCGAAAGCGGACCUGGUUUACUUCACCAUGAGGAGAGACGGCUGGUGGAUGGAGUUGAAGAAGGUGGUCGACGUCAUGGAACCGUUGUACAGCCUUCUCAGGAGGAUGGAUCGAGAUGGAACAUUGCCGACAAACCUUGUCGAAUACAACGACCUGAUUGAAAGGAAACUCGCUCACGUCGUUCUCACUGAGGACCAGCGGGCGAGUGUCAUGAAGAAAGUGAGGGAUCGGGUGAAGAUGAUGCGGCAGCCAGUACAUGCACUGACGUUUCUUCUGGACCCGCGCAGGAGAAAUCCAUGGUGGCUCUAUGAUCGGGACAGUGCAAUUGUGCAGAAUGCGAUGCAUUACCUGCAGAGACAGGUUGGAGGUCCUUGGAAAGGGCCAGACCACCUAGAGGUUUUGGGUGACCUGCACGAGUUUCACAAGGAGCCCACGCCGAACGGGCCCAAGAGAAAGGACAAGAAGAUGUGGGAGCCCGAUGCGAAGGUUGAUUGCGAGAAGCUCACACCGUCAGAGUGGUGGCCGACUUAUGGCGGCGAUGUCCCCGACUUGCAGGCCAUUGCCAUCAAAGUGAUGGGCAUGAGGAACAACUUGAAGGCCGAAACAUUGGAGAAGCUGGUGUACAUCCAUUGGAACAUGCAACUGCUGCGUGCUGCCAACAACAAUGGUGCCAACGGCGAGGGCUACGUCGAUUUGUGGAGUUCGUUCUUCGAGGCUAUUCCGGAGCCAGAUGAGAACGACGGAUCUAUCUUGAGGGGCCCUAAGGAAGAAACUGAGAAGACAGAUGAGGAGCUGGUGCGGCAAAGUAGCUUCGUGAAGACACCGAAGGGAAGGAUUCCAAAGAAGCUCGAGGACGAAGAGGAUGAGUGCACCGACGACAGUGACUUGGAUGAUGAGUUGUGGAAGGGGAAGUGUGGAUUGUCGGAUGAGACGAGCGGCGCGGAGGAGGAGGAGGAUGAAAGUGAUUCUGAUUUUGAACUGGGAGCCCAGCCAUCGGUCCCGGGCACUACUUAUGUUGGUAGGAGAGAACCUGCAGGGCGUCGGAGGGAGAAGCAGCCCGCGGUUUCUACACAGGCCCGGGGGGGAAGCUCCUCCCAAUACCAUCCUCAGUCUGACGUAGAGUUCCAUCACAUGGACACAAACAUCGAGUUGCUGCUGCAAAGUGGUCCGGUUGAUGAAGACGAGGCGGAGGCCGACCGUGCAAAGGCAUUAGCAGAUUGUGAUAGAGACGCCGUCCAAAAACGGAUCAUGGAAGAGGACGCCCGACGCGCAGCAAUCCCGACCCGGAGGGAGAUUGAGAGACGCAAGAAGAAGGUUGGGGAGAAGGAACCGGAGACACGUCGGGCAUUGGGCGUUGUGCAAGAGGGAGAUGAGGAAAAGCAACAGCAAAGUGGACUGGUUUUGAAGGCGGCGGACCAGCAAGAGGUGGACCAGCAAGAGGCGGAGCACCGCAAAGAGGCGGAGGAGAAGGACCAGCAAGAGGACAACGACGACAUGGACCACCUACAAGAGGCGGAGAAGGAGCACGGAGAAGAGGACGAGGAGAUGGAGCAUGAAGAGGACGAGGAAGGGAUGGAGAGACAAGGAGUGGAGGAGGCCAUGGAACAGCAAGAAGAUGCGGAGGGCAUGGAACAACAGGACAUGCAGCACAACGUGGAUGACGAGGACGGUGAAGAGGAGCACCGUCCUGCAGUGAAGACCGUGUACACUCGUAGGCAACGACCGGUUGUGUCCGCACAGUCUGUUGAGAACUUACCCGACUUCCCUCCAAGCAAUGAGGCUGUCCAACAUGACAACCUGUGGGUGAGCAGGGUGGGGAGGAAGAGGAAGGAACCGGUGGAGGAUGCUGCUGCAAAGCCUAAGCGAACUGGACUGACGCUCCCCAGAAUGGAUAUGGAGCCAGGACCAUAAGGGCCUGCUCUGUUAAGAAGAAGAAGAAGAAGAAGAAGAAGAAGAAGAAGAAGAAGAAGAAAGAUCGGGCCCACUGUGGACAAGGCAGAAUAUUUGCAGGGGCAACCGACUUGCAGGCUGAUUGACUGGUUAAUAGUGGUGUGACAUGGUGUGUCACUGUUUGAGAUAAUAAUAAGCGGACCUGCCGCGACAAUGCCGUGACCAGACAGUGGGGAUGUGAGGAAAUGACGGAGAGGGAGAGAACCAUGCAAUCAGCAAACGAAAUUAAAAGUACACCGGGAGGCGGGGUGUCAGGGCGAAAAAAAAGGGAAAAAAGGUGGACAGAGAACAGGAGGCCGACUAGAACAAAUGGGCACAGUUGUC